AUGGGCCAACACCAGAUUCCUCUCAGGAACCAUGUUCCAGAUUCCUCGGAUAUCGAGUCAGACAGUGAUAGCAAUCCGCCGAUCGGGAAGGGAAACAACUCCAUUGAUGUGAUAUCGAGGACAAUGAAAGCCCUAGUGAAGAAGAUCCAAGACCUUCGCCAUCUGGGGAUUGAAAACCAUAAACUUCCCCUCCCAAAAAUCUGUGUUGUGGGAGACCAGAGCACUGGAAAAAGCUCGCUCAUUGAAGGUAUGAGCGAGAUAAAGGUCCCUAGGAGUGCCGGCUGUUGUACUCGCUGUCCCUUGGAGAUCAAUCUCUCAGACCAACUGGAUGGGCCGUGGUCCUGCAAAAUAUUCUUGAUGAAAAAGUACAUUUACAGCACCCAGUUGAUCAAGCGUGGAGGGAAAAGCAAAGACUUAGGGCCUUGGGUUGAGCAGGAGCCCGAGAUUAUUCCCUUCGUGAACCUAACGGACAAAGUCGGUGUACAAGAUGCCCUAAAAUGGGCCCAACUAGCCACGCUCAAUCCAUCGAUGUCUCACGAGAACUAUAUCCCUGGUCAAAACACGGGAACAGAUGAAACCACUCAAGUCAAGUUCUCCCCCAAUGUUGUUCGCCUGGAUAUUUCUGCUCCCCACUUCCCCAACCUCUCCUUCUACGAUCUACCAGGUGUUAUCAAUGUUGCUGAGGUUGAAGAGGAAAAAUACUUGGUAACUCUUGUUGAAAAUCUUGUCAAGCAAUACAUCUCAACAAGCAGCUGUACUGUCUUGUUGACCCUUCCUAUGACUGAUGAUGCAACUAAUUCCAGUGCUGCAAGGAUAAUCAGAGAGGUUGGGGCCACUGCUAGGACACUGGGGGUUCUCACAAAGCCAGAUCGUGUAGGGUACGGUGAAGGCUACAACCAAUGGGAGGAGAUCCUUCGGGGCGAAAAGUUCACUGUUGGCCAUGGCUACUAUGUUGUUCGCAAUAACCCCAAUCCGCAGGUUGAGCAUGCCCAAGCCCGGGAGGAGGAGGAGGAGUUUUUUAGUGCUGGGCCGUGGAGAAGUGAGCUUGCUGAGUACAGCACAAGAUUUGGCACGCGGAACUUGCAAAUGGCGCUGUCGAAGCUUCUGAAACAGCAAAUUGAGCUCAGUUUGCCUUGUAUUAGGGAACAAAUCCAAACUCGAGCAGAAGAAGUCGAAAGGGAGCUGAUGACCCUUCCUGAUCCCCCCUCAGCCAAUAUUCAAUUUAUUUUGUCGGAUAAAUUGAACGAAUUCAAUAACGCCAUACAUGUCCACAUGAACGGUGGGUCACCGGGUUCAGAUUACCCCCUCCAAAAGCAGUGGAUGAAGAUUGCUACCGAUUUCCAGUACAGCUUGUUGGUAACUCGACCUGCGAUGAGGCUGUCAGCUUUAGUUGAAAAGUUCCCUGCAAGGGAGGCAGCGGCGAAUCGACCAGGCGAAGUUGCAACAAGAAAUGAUGAAGAGAAUGAUUGCGAAAUCACUGAGAGCCGUCCGUCUCCCAACAAACGUAAAGCAGACACAGCGGAGCCUCAAGGCGGCGUCAAGAGAUAUAUGCCUCCCCCCUUGAUGGCUAGUCUGAAGGCAUAUUCAACUGAAUACUUUGGUAGAUUUAAAGGCCCCGUCAAAACUUUCAGGCUUGAAGAGGUUAGGGAGAUCAGCAGCGACACCUAUGCUUCUGGAGUUCCUGGGCUUGCAAACCCCCUUGCCGUUGAAGUAAUGAACAAGCUUAGUGUUAUGCAUUGGGAGCAGCCCAUGAAAGAGUUCCUCACUGCUAGUUAUGAGUUGAUCGAAGCCUUCCUCAUAGGUCAAUUGGACAUUGUGUUUUCUUCGUAUCAGCGUACAGCGUUGUAUGGGAAACUGAGGGAGAUUAUCCCCAAUUUUCUGCAGACUUUAAAGAAUCCUCACCUCCGUCUCGCCAAUGAAUUCUAUCAGGUUGAACAGAUGAAGCCUUUCACCAUGGCCACUGCCACCUUUCAGAGCGCCCAGAGGGAAGCUCUAGAUUCUCUAAGAACGAAACGCAAAGCAGUCCGGGUAACUCUAUUUUUGGAGGGCGGAGAUUGUAUAGAAGGUGGAAGAAGAGUUGCCCCAAGCGGAAUCUCCGAUGCCCACAUGGGGGAGGAUGAAUACGCUAAGGAAAUUGAAAUCAUGGCCAUUUCCAGGGCGUACUACGAUGUCGCAAGCUCUCGCUUUGUUGACACGCUCUGCCAAAGCGUCCACACGAAGUUGUUUUUCAAAUGCGACCAAGAACUACGCCCUACCAUCAUUAAAGAACUUGGAAUAUUGGACGAUAACGCUUCCGAGCGCUGCAUGGAACUCAUGGUCGAAGACCCCGAGCGCCAAAAGCGCCGCCUCAAUUUAAGGAAGGAGGAAGAUAAACUUAAGAAAGCGAUGGAUUCGUUGAUGACUGUUGAGGACGAUGUUGACAUGGCUGACACGGCCGAUUUGACUGACAUGGCCGACUGUCCAUGUUGA